AGCCGCAGCAGCAGUUAGCAGGAGGCUAACGAGCGGAAGCUAACGUGAUGUCUGCUGCCUCCAGGCUGGCGCUCGGAGUCUCUGUGGUUCUGACGCUCAGCACCGUGGCCGCCGUGCACCUGAACCAGGCCUGGGACCGACAGCGGCUCCACGAAGGUGUGGUGAGGGACCUGGAGCGCUGGGAGAAGAAGAAGGAGAAUCUGAGGAGGUUGGAGGAGCAGAAGAUUCUGGGCAGACGCCUGAAGGAGGAGAGAGACAGAGCUCCGCCCACAGGAGCAGAACCCAGUCAGGUGGAUUCUGGGACCCGGAGGUGAUGGACAGCAGCAGUGAGCCUCUGGGGCCGGGGGAGGACGAGGCC